CAAAGUUUUAAAUUUUGUUUACCAUCAAAGCGAUAAACGAUGGACUGCGCCAGAAGCAGUGCUGAUUCGAAGCUAGACAUUGAUUUGUCUAGCAUUCUGAAGGAAACUCAAAACAUGUUCGAGAGCUUUCAUAAGCUGAGAAACGGCUUAAGGUUUUCUCAGCUGGAAGCAAAACUUUUCAAGGAUCAAAUGACAAGUCUCAAACAACAGAUGGAUUCGAGUUCGAGUUCUGAUUGGAUUCGGUUUUCGAAAAAUCUCAACAACAUGCUGCAAGUUGUGUCCGAUCGGAAAGACGUUGCAGAGUACGAGUCCACAAUUCAGCAGUUAAAAGGGGAGAAUGAUUUUUUGAAGCAACAGUUGGAAGCAUUGAAAAGUGAUCGCGAAACAGAAAUCAAUCAACUAAAACAGACAAACCAGGAACAACUAAUUCGGGAAACAGCUCAAUUCACAAAACAGAUUUCCGAACUAACCAUUCAUAAGGAGCUGGCUGCAUCGGAAGCUUCAAUCCGAUACGAUCAAUUACAGUCCCGGUUGGAAAAGCUCCAACAGGAACAUGAAUCUCGAUUAGGAAACAUGGCUCAGCAUUACGAAAGGUUGCUAGAAACCUUAACAACCCAAAAACAGAAGCUGCGAGAAGAAAACGAAACUCUCCGGAGAAGUGAGGAGAACCUGAGGGAGCAACUGGCUCGUAUACAGAAUCACUCCACGGAUUUCUUGAUGAAUCGUUCCAGGACAAUAACACCGAGUGCGGAUCCAUUACGAGGAAGUCAGCGUUACACGGAAGUUGUCAUGACCAAACCGUGCAGCCAGAAAUCAACCACGGUUAGUGCUACAGUUAGUCAACGUCAGUCCCUUCCGGUCAACGAAAGUACGCAAGCCAAUAAUACUACUCAAGCGACUCAUGAAAUAGCGGAAGUAAGCUCAUCGUCUAGCAGGAAUUCCACUCGAAGUAUGACUAGCAGCGGAAGGAUCAACAAGAGUCCUCAGCACCCCGGAUUCGGUGGACAUGUGACGAAACCUCGCAAAAAGAGGAAACUCUUUACGCAGACGGUUGAAUAA